GAUUGGACCCUCCACUAUCGAUAGCGACGAUGCAAGAGCCUCUCACAACUUCAUGGCUGCUUCAUCGUGGUCCACCAACAACGACAACCAUCCCACCAACUCACCCACCAAGUGGAAAAACAUGAGUACCGCAGCGGUUCAAGACGCCCGGAAGCAGGCUGAGGCUCUGGACAAUGAGGACCCCAUCGCCUUCGUCCGCGAUGAGUUCAACAUUCCUACCAAGGCCCAAAUAGCGAGCUCCCGCUUGGCCGACUCUCACCUAGCCGCCUUGCCAGAGUCCGAGGACGAUACCAAGUGCAUUUACCUCUGCGGCAAUUCGCUGGGUGUGCAACCCAAGAGAACAGUCACUCGUCUCAAUCAGUAUCUCACCACAUGGGCCACUCAAGGAGUGCAGGGCCAUUUCAAGCCUCUUGAAGAGUCCCCUCUUCCGACGUGGCUUGAUGCCGAUGCCAAAGCUGCAGAGCUUAUUGCUCCCGUUGUUGGUGCCGACGUUUCCGAGGUGGCUGUCAUGCAGACCCUGACUGCCAACAUCCACCUUUUGAUGUCUGCCUUUUACCGCCCCGAUAUCAAUGGUCGUCACAAGAUCAUCUUAGAGAACAAGGCUUUCCCUAGUGACCAUUUCGCGGUCGAGACCCAAAUUCGCCAUCAUGGCUUGUCUACUGAAAAGUCCAUGGUUCUGAUAGAGUCAUCCUCCAAGGACAACAUCAUCACCACCGAGGAAAUCUUGUCCGUAAUCUCGGCCCAUGCUGACAGCACAGCUCUACUCUUGCUCCCCGGUAUCCAAUACUACACUGGUCAGUUGCUUGACAUUCCCGCCAUCACAGCUUUUGCCCAUGAGCACGGCAUAUUUGUCAUCUGGGAUCUCGCCCACGCGGUAGGUAACGUGCCACUGUAUCUCCACGACUGGGGAGUAGAUGCGGCGGCUUGGUGCAGCUACAAGUACCUCAAUGGCGGCCCUGGAUGUAUCGGCGGCCUGUUCGUCCACACCAACAACAGCGUCGUGACCAAGGAGAUCACGGACGAGAAACCUGAGGAGGGCUACAAUAACCGCUUGGCGGGCUGGUGGGGCAAUGACAAGAAGACGAGGUUUGUCAUGGCCAACAAGUUCCACCCCGUGGCCGGUGCGGCCGGCUUCCAGUUGAGCAACCCUAGCAUUCUGGACAUUACCAGUCUGAGCGCCUCCUUGGAGAUUUUCCAGGAGGCUGGCGGCAUGGAAGCGCUGAGGAGCAAAUCCCUCAAGCUGACCAACUUCCUCGAAGCCACUCUCGGUCAGAUGAAGGAGGAAGACCGAGCUCACUUCCGUAUCAUCACCCCUUCCAAGCCAGAGGAAAGAGGCGCGCAGCUGAGUCUCAUGCUCUCCGACGGGCUCCUAGAUACCGUCAUGAAGGAGCUCGAGGCACGCGGAGUUAUCGUUGACGAGCGGAGGCCCAAUGUCAUCCGGGUCGCACCGGCUCCGUUGUAUAACACAUUUAGCGACUGCGUACAGUUCGUAGAAGCCUUCUCGGCGGCGCUGGAGGUGGCCACCAAGCGCGCACUUUAAGUGGCUAGGCCCUUCUUCGUUCGUGUAUACAAAGUCACAUGCUCCGUUAUUUUUUUUUCUCCCGCCCCCCGAAUCUGUGAAUAAUGGAAACUGAGAUCUGACCAGUCGGGCAAGUUGUUGCAAAACCCAUGCAGGUUUAGUCGACCCCGCAAAAUGAUGAGCGAGUGAGAAAGUGGUUCCAACUGUUCGGGAACCGAGUGUGACUUUCUUCGGAUGGGUAUUACAUCCGGAUGCCUUGGGCGAGAAGCAGGAGAUUUCGGUGGGCACACCGAGCACAUGGACAGACAGCCUUACGUUUUUGUAAACCAUGCUAUUGGUGGCUAGGUCUGCUCAGGAACGAUGUAGUUGUGGUCAAUACAUGCCGUGCCAUAAUUCGGUACUUGUGGUCCCGGGUCAG